CCUCUCACCUCCACACCAGCGGAAAAUAGUAAUAAUCCCCACCGCCCAACCCCCACCCUCACCCUCCCCGGCGCGUGCGCGUGCGAUGCUUCGGCGCCGGCGUCGGCCACGGGUGGUGCAGUGAUGGUGGGCUUCUUCCGCAGCGGCAACCUUGCCUCCAGGGUGUUCGACCGCCAGUUCCUCUCUCCGCGCCCCAGCGCAACCGUUAAUACUGUCAGACAAUUCUAUGAGAAUUUGGUUCCAAGUUACACUAUAUACGACAUAGAUUGCCCGGAUUAUUCGUUUCGCAAGUUCACUGAUGAUGGCAAGUAUCUUGUGGCCUUUAGUCGAAACCAUCAAGAUUUGAUUGUGUACCGUCCCAUCUGGUUAACGUUUUCAUGCCAUGAAGAAUGUGAUUCUCAUGAUCUUCCGGCCAAUGCAGAGAGAUUUGACAGUUUCUUUAAGCAGCUCUACUCAAUCUCACUUGCAUCCAGCAAUGAGUACAUUUGUAAGGACUUUUUCCUCUACAUGGAGUGCCAUCAAUAUGGCUUAUUUGCAACGUCAACUGCACAAAGUAAUGACUCAAGUGCCACUGAUGGUGCAAUUCACGGGGUACCAUCAAUUGAGAAAAUAACUUUCUAUCUUGUGAGGUUAGAAGAUGGUGCAAUACUAGACGAGAAAGCUUUCUGCAAUGAUUUUAUCAAUUUGGCUCAUAGUAUUGGUGCUUACUUGUAUGAGGAUCUGGUUUGCAUUGUCUCUCUUCGAUAUCAAACAAUACAUGUCCUACAAAUCCGAGAUUCCGGCAGCCUUGUUGAGGUACGGAGAAUUGGUGCAUUUUGCCGGGAAGAUGACGAACUAUUUCUUUAUUCACAUGGCCAGGCUGCACAGGGGAAUUCUUUUCUUCCUGGCAUCAAGCAACGGUUGCUAUCAUUUAUUUUCCGCAAGACUUGGAAUGAUGAACCUGAUCAGGCUUUGAGGGUCCAGCAUCUGAAGAAGAAAUUUUAUUUUCACUUUCAAGACUAUGUGGAUCUUAUCAUAUGGAAGGUACAGUUUUUGGAUCGCCGUCACCUAUUUAUCAAGUUUGGUAGUGUCGAUGGAGGGGUUACUCGGAGCACUGAUCAAAACCUAGCAUUCUUUGCUGUGUACAACAUGGAGACGACAGAUAUUGUCUCACUCUAUCAGAAUUCUUCGGAGGAGCUGUAUUCAUUGUUUGAACAUUAUUAUGAUCAUUUCCAUGCAAAUCCUCAAAAUUCUUCGCAUGAGAAAUUUAUCUCGUCGCAUUCCAAUAGUGUUCAUGCUCUUGAUCAACUUCGCACCAUUAAAAAUAAAGCAAGCAGCUCCUCACAGUUUGUGAAAAAGAUGAUGGCGUCAUUGCCUUACACUUGCCAAUCACAAAGUCCUUCACCAUACUUUGACCUGUCGAUUUUUCGUUAUGAUGAGAAGCUGAUUUCAGCGAUUGAUCGGCAUAGGCAUUGCACAGAGCAUCCGAUAAAAUUUAUAUCAGUGAGGCAACCAAAUGUCGUCAAAUUUAAGAUAAAACCAGGGUCAGAUUCUGGUGGUUCCGACAGCCGAGCAAAAAGAAUCUCUUCCUUCUUGUUUCAUCCAUUUUUCCCGCUUGCACUGUCGAUUCAGCAGACAUAUAUGCAGCCAACUGUUGUCAAUGUACAUUUCAGGAGAUAGAAAAAUUGUAGUCGCUUCCUCAAUUGUGUUUGGCCCAAUAGAAAUUUUGGUCAUCUGUGGUAGAUGUUUUAUCGGUUGAUCUUACUAGGAGAAAAAGAAGUCGUUCUGAAAUAACCAUUUUAUAGGGUAUCUGAUGUUGGAAGAUACUCCCUCUGUAAAUUAAUAUAAGAGCGUUUUUAGUAUUCUAAACGCUCUUAUAUUAGUUUACGGAGGGAGUAAAUGUUAAGGCACCAAAGGAAAUUUUGUUCGAUCAUUCAUGUGAGAUAUGCAAUCAAAGUAGCAAAUAUAAUGAAACAAAUAAUUUCUACUUUAUAUAUUAUUUCAUGCUA